CGGCAUCAGCACGGUAUCGACGAGAUGCGAGCGCCGAGCGAUCCAACAACGGAAAGCGGGGCUAAGUGGAUGACGCUCACUUGGUUCCUGCGGCCAGACCGCUAUGAAGGUGGGUCGAAACAAGUUUUGUGCUAUCGAUCGAUUGGGUUCAGGUGAAGUUGCUGAUGGACAUAUGGACGGCAAAGGCACUUACUGGCAUGCGGAUUCUUCCCGGCACGUAUUCUUUUUUUUUGAAUUAUCAGAUCUGAUAGUUGAUAGGUACGAGGGUUCCUUUUGCAAAAGUCAGCGUCAUGGCUACGGUGAAUAUUUCUUUGCGGAUGGAUCGUGCGGUGCGGAGUGAAUUACCCCAUACCUAAGAGUCGGAGAGAACGGGGACUGAAUGGUUAGGUAUUAUAAGGGCGAGUACAAAUGGGGGGCUAAACAUGGUUACGGUGUCUUUGUGUACCGCGACGAGACAAGGUUCGAGGGAACCUUCACAAAUAAUGUCAAGGAAGGGCAGGGUAUAAUGUACUACUCGGAUGGGUCGAAAUAUGUCGGCGAUUACCACUUUGGAAUGAUGGAUGGACAGGGCGAAUAUGUGUGGCCAAAUGGCGUCAAGUACAUCGGAGAGUGGCGCGCAGACGAGCGACAUGGCUUUGGGCAAAUGUAUUUUUCAGAUAACGAGCCUGCGUACCGAGCUAGAUGGGAACAUGAUCAGCGUGUUUUUGAUUGAGAGAUGCCAUAAGUUGCUGAUGAAUUCUCGGCUGCGUUUUGACUUCCUCCUACCCGACCUACUUUUCAGCUAGGUUAAACGUCCAGCGCUUCCGCAAUAACCCAGCA